GACGUUCUUCAUCAUCUUCCCCGAAGUGGACGCUAUGCUAUAUCUAUUACAUGCCCGCGCGCGAAAGGCACUGUUCCCGCACAAAUUACCAUCGUUGGCUCUUUUGGAGCAAACGUUCGCAUCGUCGAUUCCCCAGAGGAUGCGGUUAUGUUUGAUGAUGAGGAUAUAAUUGAUGAAGGAGAUGACGCGCCAACCAAAGAAAAUCCAAUUGACUAUACGCCCAUUAAUAUCCCUCCUGCACAUAUAACGGAGGUGCCUGACAGCGCAAUUCCAUUUGAAGACAAACGAUUCAUGGUUGACAACAAAACUAUUACAAAUGAUCCGUGGAUCCAUAUUGGUGACUUGUACCCUGAGGGUAAGACACUACCACUUGUACCCGAGACUCUUAGCCGAGAACAGUUUGAGCAAGGUGAACAUUUUGAGUGCUGNCCAAGUUUUACACAUUGUACCAAAAUAUUGAGGGUUGCACACUGCAGGAGGUGUAUCAUGACUUCACCGGUCAACCAGUGGUGA